AUGCGGCAGAUUGUCCACAGGGUGGGGAUUGAGGAGCUCUCCAUCCAGGCAGUGGGGUCCUAUCUGCUGCUCUCCACCUCUCGGAAGCUCGAGAGGAAAUGGGGCUUCCCUUCGACUUCUGAGCUCAGCUGGACCCCAUCCGGGGCCCCAGGGGAUGCCUGCUCAGAGAUGGAUGCAGGGGCGCGGGGAGAGGCGACUCUUACCCGGAGGCUGCCGAGCAGGAGGCGGCGGUCGGCCAGGGCGGCUGCAGUAAUCCAUUGGGCUCUGCCGGGCUACGCGCACUCGGGGCGGCAGGGAUCCGCUCGUGUUGGGGAAGGAGUCGCGUCGGAACCGCGCGGCUGCAGUCACCCGGAGCAGGCCGGCCGCUCCCGGCGAGCGUUGUCGGCGCCGGCGGGGGCCUCCGAGCCCAGGGCUAUUUCCGGGCUCUCCCGCCCGCCGGGCUCCCCACCGGCUCCGGAGGCGGCAGCGGCGCGGCCCGAGCGAAGCGGCGGUGGGGCCACGUUGGGCGCCGGGCGGGAGCGGAGGCCGCCGCGGACCCCGCAAUCCCGCAGCCGGCGACUGGAUCCCACCUCUGCAGAGACAAAGAUGCCGGAACAUUCAGCAAACACCAGGGAAGCAGAGGACACAAGCUUGGAUGUGAAAUAGCAACACCUUCUGCACUGAAGAAUAAUAAAACAAUGUUUUUAAUUACAAAAGAAAAUGUGUAAGAAAAGUGUAAAAAUACGUGGGGCAAGUUUUGGGGGCCCUUUCUAAGCUAGAACACUUUAUACUGGUCUGUACAUGUGGAACUGAACAGAGAUUGCUCACUUCUAAAAUAUUCUAAGAAAUAAUCUCAAUUGUCAGUUUCUUCCUACCCAAAUAAAAGCGGAGCUUUGUGA